AAGUAAAUUCAGAGUUUCCAUUUUAAACAUUUCUAAACUUAAAGAUUAUUUUUAAAUUAAACAAGAGUGAUUUUUGUCAAAAUUAUCUAAUCGAUAAAUUAUUUGUAAAGAGAUUGUUCAGAAGAAAUCUUUUCCAUGUUGUGUUAUUGUAUACAUAAAUAUAAAUCUAAUAGAAUUUCUUAUUUUUAAAAUUAUUGAAAAAGUUAUGAUAUCGACUGAGAAAAGAACCUCAGGAGAUGGAACAGAAAAUCCAAGUAAACUGCUAAAUGAAGGUACCUUUAAUUCCUUACCCAAAACGACUUCAACAAACGAACAUGAUAUUGAUAAAUUGGGAAAACAAUAUUUGUCCAAACAAUUUCAAUCUACAUCAUCAAUUUUAUAUGAUCCAUCAGAUGCGGAAAGUGACAGUUUUAAUUUUCCGAAACCUGUUCAACCCAAAGGAAAGCGAUUUUAUCUAAUUCCGAAAUUGAAAUCAUUAAGAAAACCAGAAGUACCAUUGAAGGACAGAAAAUUAAAUUUGGUUUUGAUGGAACCUUAUCGUGCCUGUGUAAAACCAAUCAUACCACAUCAUGGUGAUAAGAAGUCAAUCAAAAUUUCAAAUAAGAACCAACUUGAAAUAAGCGAAUUAGUUAAUCACAUGAAUAUGAAUAAAAUUGAAGCUUUCAGAAAACUGUCUCAAGAUGAAACUGAUGAAAGUAAAAUCGGACUACUGAAAAAGGAAAGAGAUCUCUUUGAGAAUAAAUUAAACUUUCAAAUGCAAGUAAACACUGAACUUAAAGGACUCUUAGUACAUUGCCUUGGUGAAGAUUUGCAAGCCAAAGUUAAUAACUUAACAGAAGACAAAAUGAAAAUUGCAAAGAGCUUGAGUACCAACACGGAGCAAAUUGAAUAUCUAUCAAGCCAAUCUGAAGUUUGGAGAUCCAAAUUUCUAGCCUCAAGCCUCAUGGUCGAAGAAUUAGCAAAAAUGAAGGCAGAAUUGACCCAGAGAAAUUCUCUACUUCUUGCAUCUAAUAACAAAUUGAUAAAUACAAUCGAGCGUGUUCGUCUUGGUUUGAUGGAAACUUUUCAAAAUUUGAAGUUCGUUUUGGAUGUAGAAGAAAUAAAUCCUAAAAGUGUGAAUAUUUUGGACCUAACUUCUGAAUGCUUGAGUAUAAGUCAACGAAUUGUUAUGAAUUCGGGAAAAAUUGGAUUACCUUCAUCUUUAAACUACGAACAUCUAGAAGCUUUAACACCAGCGGAAAAAAAUGCACGUCAAGUUUUAACUCAAUCUCCCAAUUUUUGUUCAACGGCUGAUGAGGCAUUUGAAGCAGUUUGCAAUCAAGCUCAUCAGGAAUAUCGUCAGUAUCUGAACAAAAUGGCGUAUGGUGGACAUUCUUUCGGAAAGAAAACGUUCCACAAGCCAACUUAUUGCCAUCACUGUUCAGAUUUAUUGUGGGGCCUAAUAGGACAAGGCUACAUUUGCGAAGUCUGUGAAUAUUAUGCGCACAUUGAGUGCCAAGACUUUGCAAUUGCUGAUUGCAAGGAAAAUGCCACUUACGUUCCAGGAAAAGAGUUGGUAUCUGUAAAGCAUGUUCAUCAUUGGCGUGAAGGAAAUUUACCACAGUCUUCAAAAUGUGCAUAUUGUAAGAAAACAUGUUGGUCAACUGAAUGUUUAACAGGAUAUCGUUGUGAGUGGUGUGGAUUUACUUCACAUGGGGGCUGUCGUCAUUUUGUGUCUCAAGAAUGCACAUUCGGUAUGUUGCAACCUAUAUAUCUGCCACCACAUGCAGUUUCAAUACCUAGAACUGAAGUGCCAAUGGAAGCAAUAAUAGGUGUUCAAGUGAAGGCUAAAGGAGCUCCAAUGACACGUGAAUACUCUUGUCCUGAGCUUCGUACUUUAGAACUAUGUGAAAGUGAUCUCUCUUCUUUAGAAAACUAUGAAGAUACUCUAUACUUUAAUGGCACAGAAAGCCAACAAAGCAGUGAUAAGUCUUUAUACGACAACAUCAUUAACAAAUCCAAUAUGAAACAAACUGUAACAGAUAUAGUCUCAUCAAAAUUUUUGCUGCCUCCUAAGGAAGCUUUUAAAAAUUCUUUGAUCAAUAGAAGCAAAUCAUUUCAAGAACAAGGAGAAUCAAGAAAAAAAAUUAUUCUUCGGCCUAGAAUAAUGUUGAAACGAAAAAACAUUGAGUCAGAUAGAUUUGAAAGUAAUUCAAAUUGUUCAUCUCUUACGCAUUUUGGCUCAUCACAAAUAGAAAUGAAUGUCAAUUUCCAUAAAACACAAGAAUCCGCUGAUAACAUUUGCUCAUCAGAAACUAGAGUAGCUCAAGAAGAUUUAAAACUUUCUAAGCGAAGUAAUGGCCCAUUCUACAUGAAAUUUCUUAGGCGGGUUCAGAAAUUUUCACUUCAAUGGCGAAAAUGUAAACGAAAUAUCAGAGCUCGAAGUAUAUCUGACGACUUGAGCAGUGGUGAUGCAGCUCGUUUUCGAGAUGAUGAAUAUGGAAAAUCUGAAACUGGAGGAAUGGGAGCAUGUUCCAGUGUACGAAAUGAGUCGGCGCAUAAAGGUGAAAAGGAUAAGGAGAAAAAGGAAAAAGACAAGGAAGACAGGGAUGAAGAAACUAUCAAAGUUUUUGACGGAAACUGUUCAUUGCGAAGAAGAAUUUUUCGAGCUAUCACUGUUCCUCGAACAUGCUCUCUUGAGCAAUUAUUAACGACUGCUCUCCGAGCUUUUCAUAUUACUAAAGAUCCAACUCAAUUUUAUCUCACGGAUCUGUAUGCAACAAAUGGUGAUGAGAUACAAAUUCAAGAACCUAUGCCAGUUUUAAAUUUACAGAAAAUUGAAGGAAAACGACCAGCAAUUUUCCUAAGGUUUCGUGAUAAAGAAAUCGAUAAAGGUUUUGUUCGAGUGUAUCCUGGGAAAUUACAAGUUGAAGAAUCUUACGUUACAGUUCAAGUAGAUAAUGACACUACAGUGAAAGAACUCAUUCGCGAAGCUUUGAACAAUUUUGGACUCCAUGAUCAUCAAAUUGAAGAUUAUAGAUGCUCUGAAAUUCUUCUUGAUCGAGGUGUCACUGAACGAGUGCUCUCGUGGAAUGAACGACCAUGGGAUAUAAUGAAACAAUUGGCGAAAGAUUCAAUUAGACAAAUGGAAUUGAUGCGCUUUUACUUACAAUUAAAACAGGAUCCUCAUGGACCAAACUUAGCAUUAUUUGUUGGAAAUUUACCACCGGGUCUUUCACAACGGAAUUACGAACAAAUUUUAACGGAAUUCUUGGGAGUGGAAAAUAAGUUCUCAAGCAUUGGUCCAAUUUACUAUGAAUAUGGUUCUCUAGUCAUCACAUAUGAAAAUGCGUCGAAAGCGGUACGAGCUCUUUACGCAUUAAGAGAAUCGAAAUAUGAGGAAAAACAUUUGCUGGUGUUACUAUUAUACGUGUUCAGACAUAUACAAGAUUACAAAAUUUUAGUAUGUGGUGGGGACGGAACAAUUGGAUGGGUACUACAAUGUUUGGAUAAUGUAGGGCAGGAUUCUGAAUGUUCAAGUCCACCUUGCGCCAUUGUGCCACUGGGAACUGGAAACGAUUUAGCUCGUGUUUUACGUUGGGGUGCAGGUUACACCGGAGGCGAAGAUCCUUUAAAUUUACUUCGUGAUGUCAUUGAUGCAGAAGAAAUUCGUCUCGAUCGGUGGACUGUUGUGUUUCAUCCUGAAGACAAACCCGAAGACGUUGCGCCUAAGGCGCCAUCAAAUUCAACUGGUAAGAAGAAGAAGAUUCAACAAGCUGAUGUGAAUUCGCAAUCAAAUCAACAUCAACAGUACCACGCCACUACAAUUUCUACGCCACAGUGCCAAGUAGUGGGUGGACAAAGUGAAGACAAUUCUCAAAUAUUCGUAAUGAACAACUAUUUCGGUAUAGGAAUAGAUGCUGAUUUAUGCUUAGAUUUCCAUAAUGCUCGUGAAGAAAACCCAAACAAGUUUAAUUCACGUCUACAUAAUAAAGGAGUGUAUGUGAAAAUGGGUUUAAGAAAGAUGGUUGGACGCAAAAUGUGCAAGGAUUUACAUAAGGAAAUCAGAUUAGAAGUUGAUGGAAAACUUGUUGAACUCCCACCUGUAGAAGGAAUCAUUAUUCUGAACAUUUUAAGCUGGGGAUCUGGUGCGAAUCCUUGGGGUCCUGAAAAGGAAGACGCCUUUUCAAAACCAAAUCAUUGGGAUGGAAUGUUGGAAGUUGUAGGAGUUACGGGUGUUGUUCAUCUGGGUCAAAUACAGUCAGGAUUAAGAUCAGCAAUGAGAAUAGCACAAGGUGGACACAUAAAAAUUCACCUUCACUCCGACAUACCUGUUCAAGUUGAUGGUGAACCUUGGGUACAGAGUCCUGGCGAUGUCGUGGUUCUUAAGUCAGCUUUAAAGGCAACAAUGUUGAAAAAGUUAAAAGGUAAAAUGAAGAGACGUAACACAGAACCCACAAUGUCGGCUGGAAGUAAUGUUGCUGGUCAUCAAAUGACAUUAGUGACUCCAGCUGAACCAGAUGAAUUCGAUCAAAACAACACAGAUUUUUGAAUUUGGUAUAAUGAGCGGCUGAUCUAAUGUCUUUGAAUCAUAAUUAAAGGAAUGAAGUUUCUUGAAAAUGAUAUAAAUACUAAUCAGUCGUUCUAUUGCCAAAGCCUUUCCAAACAAAAACAAAAUAAUAAAAUAUACAUGGAAAGUAUGGCAGAUAAAAGCAUAUUUUCUUAAAAUAUUUAAUUAAUUCUCAUUAAGUUUUACUGAAACAUAAGUUUUAGACAGUUAUGUUUAAUUGAUUAAUUAUUUUUAUUAGAUACUUUAUAAAUUUUUUUAGAAAAACGAAAUGCCAUUAUGAAACCAAAAGAAACAUAUUUUUCAUAUUUAAAAAUAAAGAUCUUUUAAUAUAUUAAUGGAAAUUGAGUACCUUUCUAAAAAAUGUUUUAACGCUAGACUCAAUCAACAUUGGCUUUUUUAAGUAUUCUAAAGUUCAAAAUGUAACCAUCAAAAAUUCUUCUGACUAAAUAUACUUGCGUUACCCAUUGAAACGAAGAAUGAGGGAAAAUUAUAUUAUAAUACAUAGAUAUGUAUGUAUAAAUGCACCUACCAAGUAUUUUUUAAAAAAUACUUUAACUAUAUUUUUAAUCAUUCAUUUUAUAUAAUUUGAAUAUUUAGUCAUAAAUAUUAUUUUUAAAAUUUCUAGAUCUUAUUUUACGACUUAAGUAGAUAGUUAUGGUUUACGGUAGGAGAAAAAAAUUCCUAUUAAUUUAUACUGCAGCAGAAUUUCAAAAAGUAGCUUCAUUAAAACUGAACCUCAAUUUUAAAUAAAAGAAUUAAAACAGAAAUUAAGAAAAAUACAUAGUCAUUAUUCAUUUUCUGGAGCAUUUAAAUUGAUACCUAAAUUUACAAAAGAGAUUUNAUAGCAGCAAUGAAAUUUCUAAUUUAUAAUUCUUAAAUAAAUAACAUUGAAAUGUUAAAAAGAAA